UUUUUAUUGCUGCAAUGCUUAGUAAGGCACAUCCUAUACCUACUCCUUAUGGACACAUUCCUAAAUAUAGGAAAAAGAAGAGAAAUGUAAGCUCAUUAGAUAAUGAAUUUGACGAUGCUGACACUCUUUAGACCACUGUUCAAGCCCCUUACCCCUUCUUUUCAACAUCAUCUACCAAUUCAUUUUUCUCAUUUUUAUCAUCAUUAUUCACAUCAAAGAAAGAGCAAGUAGGAUUUAUGCCUAUCCAUAACAAUAAACCUCAAAUACAAACCAUCACAUCAACAGAACCUAUUGACUGUCAUCAUCAUUUUAAUCAAGAAGAUACCCCCUCGCUGUCUACAAGUCUGAGUAGUUCAGAAAGUAGUACUACUAGCAGCAACCAGUAUUCAUUAUCUGAUAUUGAUGACAACACAUCCAUACUGUCUGAUAUAUUAUGUGAUCAUUAUGUUUAUAAGCAACAACAACUCAAUAAUACGAUAAAAGAUGAUAAUGUGCCCUUGGAGACAUUUAGAUUAUUUGAAGCACCUCUAGAAAGAGAAAAUAACCGCCAGCAGUGGAUCUUGGUUGAGCAAUCAGAAAAAUAUAGUGAAAAGAAGCUAGUAAACGAACAGACAAUACGCCAACAUACCCGUGAUAUCAGGACAAAUACGGACUACUUUCGAAUGAUUGUAGCGGAAGUCAACAUGAUGCGUGCUCAAAAGAUAGUGUGUCCAUUGAGGCAAAGAAGAGUUUUACCCAAGCGAAAUGACCCAUUCAAGAUACGAUCAAGUCCUUUACAGAACUGUAUUAUUUGUACAUAAACACAAUUCUUUAUUUAUUUGUUUUUUACAUCACUACUCUAUCUUUUUUAUCUUUAUAUUUCCCUUUUCAAGAGCGUCCAUUAAUAUGUUGAUCUGUGUGCCUGUCAUCCUGUCUAAUCCUCUACUUAAAUUGACUAAAUUGGUCGGU